CUAGGUUAUGACGGUGUUGUUGCGCUUGCCCCGACGACUUCCCGAUGUUGACCGUGUUACUCAUAGGGAAACUUACGACUGAUGACUCGAACGUUUAAUUCUAUUUUCUUCCACCACAUCCUCCUCUUCAUGAUCUUGGAGUAUAUCUGAGGCGUUCUAUCUUACCUUACCGCCUAAUGCUGGUAGCAAAGCGAAUUUACCCACAUACUCCUAUCAAUAUACAUAUUGCCUCAAUGAUCACCCGAAUACACUGGCAUUUAUACUCCGGUUGAGAGUCUCCAUCUUAUUAUCUGCAAAACAUGAUUAGCAAAGGUGCUAAACAGUUGCUGCAUGAGCGGCGAAAAGGGGAAGCUGCCUUAAGCGACUUUGCCGAAUUCGUUGAGAAGCAGCAAGCCUUGCGCUAUCCCAGUUGCAAGCCCACGACGUCGACGGCAGCAACCAGGUCCGACCAGGCUGAACACCAUGAAGAGCUCGAUAUACUUGACUCGCUCAACCUUGGCGAAUCUGAGCCCCGCGUACCGCUGCGAGACCUUCUAUUGGCCCCUGACGACGAUGCGACAGCCCAACAGAAACUAAGUGAGCAUAUCGACGAGCGACUUCUGGAAGGCCAUGGCGAGGCGGUUUUCGACUUGGGAUUUGAGACCAAUGGCGAAUCAAUGCGUCUCACCCGCGAGGAAUGGGAUAUCGCCUUGAAGCGGUUGAGAGAAACGGCCAAGAAAGCGCGUGGCGAUUGCGAUAUUUUACUGACGAAGAAUGUCGGGGGUGAUGUUGAGGCCGAGUCGACGAAGCCAGGGAAUCAGGGUAAGGACACAGAUUGCACUGGUAAAAUAUUGAUACGGCAGGCUCCUACAACAAUUGAGAAUGUCAUUGAAACCAGGAUAGCUGUCGUUGGAAAUGUUGAUGCUGGAAAAAGCUCUAUGUUGGGUGUCUUAGUUAAGGGCGACCUCGACGAUGGGCGGGGAAAAGCUCGUGUCAACCUUUUUCGUCACAAACAUGAGAUGGAAACCGGUCGAACCAGUUCUGUUGGGAUGGAAAUAAUGGGAUUUGACACCUUCGGUAAAGUCGUAACAUCCGACACUCCAGGCAGAAAGCUUUCAUGGGAAGAGAUCGGCAAGCGGAGUGCCAAAGUGAUUACAUUCACGGACUUGGCAGGUCAUGAACGCUAUCUUCGGACGACCGUUUUCGGCCUCUUAUCUAGCAGCCCUAACUACUGCUUACUCAUGGUUGCUGCGAAUAAUGGGCUCAUCGGCAUGAGCAAGGAGCAUCUGGGCAUCGCUUUGGCCUUGAAUGUGCCAAUUAUGGUGGUAGUCACGAAAAUUGACAUUUGUCCUCCCAAUAUCCUGGAGCAAACCAUUCAGCAAAUAACCAGAAUUCUCAAAUCUCCGGCGGCGCGGAAAAUGCCCAUCUUCAUCAACAAUCGCGAAGAGUGUAUAAACACGGCAACUCAGUUUGUGAGCCAACGAAUAUGUCCGAUAUUCCAAGUUUCCAACGUCACCGGCAAGAACCUCGACCUCGUUCGUACAUUCCUCAACAUACUUCCGCAUCACGGUCGCUACGAUUCGGAUGCCCCUUUUGAAUUCCAUGUUAAUGACACUUUCUCCGUCCCAUUUGUGGGCACGGUUGUAAGCGGGAUAGUCAAAUCCGGGGUAGUCCAUUCUGGCGACAACGUGCUAAUCGGCCCUGAUUCGCUGGGCCAGUUUACCCAAACCAGUAUUCGUUCCAUCGAGCGAAAACGAAUCGGCGUCCCCGCAGCUUCUGCUGGCCAAUCAGCUAGCUUUGCGUUGAAGAAAGUACGUCGAAAAGACGUACGAAAAGGAAUGGUGGUUUUGCCAAAAAUUGAAGGGCAGGCGCUUCCCAAGGUAUAUCGUGAAUUUGUUGCGGAGGUUUUAAUCCUGUCACAUGCAACCACCAUCAAGACCAAAUAUCAAGCCAUGCUUCACGUUGGUCCAGUUUCACAAACUUGUGCGAUAAUCGACGUCGAUCGCCCGUUUAUACGAACUGGUGACCGUGCAACGGUAGCAUUCCGAUUCGUUCAGCGUCCAGAGUAUCUCGCCCCCGGCGACAGACUCUUAUUUCGUGAAGGGCGGACUAAGGGUCUAGGCAUUGUCAAAUCAGUUGGAUAUGAUCCUAAGAAGCCACUAAUGCCGCGUCAGCUAGAUGGUGAAGCAGCAGAAGACCCUAAGGACGGUAACUCAACGGAAAGAAGCAUCCAGCCCUCGACCAGGGUAUAAGCCGGGGCCUAUGAGUGCAAUGAAGUCUAGAAAAUCGCAGACAUGGAAUGGUACUCUACGUAAGGUCGUAUUGUGGCGUCGUAGACGGGGGUUUUGUGCGUCUGUCGACGAUAACCAUCCCUUCCUGUGCUAGUAUCUGCUGUCGUAUUUGCAGGAGGGAUUUAGUUGACGGUUCAUUGCGGCGUUAGGCGUUUUCAGGUCCAGGGGCCUCUUCACAGGGACAUACCCCAUCCGAGCGGC